CGACCGGCGGGGGACGCGAUUCUUUGGAAUCCGACAACCUCAGAAACAAAAGUUUUGCCGCCUACAAUAUUCAACCGCCGACACACGAGUGCCUGGGUUAAUACAGUUGGAUUUGGAUUCGACCCGGAAACGAACGACUACAAAGUCGUCAGAAGAAUAAACUAUUUCGAAGAUCAAGCGAGUCCGAUGGACUGCUUCUUCGUGGAGCUGUAUAGCUUGACGACCGAUUCGUGGAAGGAAAUCCAUGGAGGCCCUUUCCUUCCCCUGGUUCCGCCUCCCGAGGUCGCUCGGUGUUUCAACGGGAAGUUGUAUUGGUGGAGCCACCCGUUGCGCUAUGUAUUCGAGCUCGUCUCGUUCGACCUGAGCAAGGAAGUGUUCCGUGGAGGGCAAGUGGGGAACCCAGCCGAGCUAUUCGAGGUCCGGUCCUUGUUCGUGGUGCCGAACCAGGAGGAGGAUUCGUUGGUGGCGAUUGGUUCCCCUCGUCACAACCCCUCCUCUUUGGAGGUAUGGGCGCUACUGAGGUUGUGGGUGACCGCGUCGUGGACCAAGCUGUACGUCUUCGUUCCUGACUACUGUGAAUUCUAUGGGAUUUCGAGGGAUUUCGUGUUUUACGAUCGUUUAAUGUAUUCGGAUGCUAGUGAUUGCGUCAUGAACGAGGGGAAGAUCACCGCCUGCCGUUUGGGGACCGGAGAAAUUAUAGAGCUUGGCAUCUCGACGAGUGUGGUGCAUCUGAUAGUGAAUUAUGUGCCUUCUCGAGUUUCUUUGGUAUAAGGAAAGGAAGAGUCUAUCUGUUUCUGGUUUCAUCAUUGAUCGUUUUAGAUAAUUGUUGCAGUUCAAUCUCAACCGGGACAAAUGCAAGCUAUAUGUGUCUUGCUGCUGAAGAAAUAAAGCCUGCAGUUAAAAAAAUGAAGAAUGCAGGGGAGGUGAGGUGAGGUGCAGGACAACUUGGAAGUGAUGAUCUGUGAUGUGUGAAGUAAAGAUCAAGUGGCCUGAAGGCUGAAGCUGAAUUGAGGCCAGGUCACUUCUUUUGGGACCACAGCUGAGGGUAUUAGUGCCAAUGUCGCUCCUGGAAUUGGCAGGAGACAAGGAAAGCGACUG